AUGGAGGACCUGAUGAUGCCGGGAGGAGAGAAGGUCUCGAUGGAGAACUUCGCACUGCUCAGAGUGCUUGGAAAAGGAGCCUACGGAAAGGUGUUCCUGGUCCGAAAGGUCGGUGGAAAGGACCACAACUCGAUAUAUGCGAUGAAAGUUUUGAGAAAGACCAGAGUGAGUUUAGCUUACAUACCGUAAUCCAGACAGCCUUCUCUUGUUUAGGUGCUCACAAAACAGAAGACUCUGGAGCACACGAUGGCCGAGCGCCAAGUGCUCGAGCGUCUCCGUGGCUCCCCGUUUCUUGUCAACCUCUUCUACGCGUUCCAAACCGACACGAAACUGCACAUUGUGAUGGAAUACGUGCGUGGCGGAGAGCUCUUCACUCAUUUGUGCUCCCGAGGACACUUCGAUCUCGACGCCGCUCGUUUUGUGAUUGCAGAGUUGGUCGUCGCAAUUGACAGUCUGCACCAGAGAAAAGUGAUUUACCGAGAUCUGAAAUUGGAGAAUAUACUUCUGGACGAGGACGGUCACGUAAAGUUGACCGACUUCGGACUGAGCAAGCUGUUCCUGCCCGGAGAGCUUGAUAGAGCCAAUUCAUACUGCGGAACCAUUGAGUACAUGUGAGUCGAAUUACUGUAGGGAUUUCAAAGAAGUUAUCGUGAAUUGAUUCAGGUCGCCAGAAGUGAUCAACCGUCCGGAAGGAGGAUACAGCGACGUCGUCGACUGGUGGUCUCUCGGAGUGAUUUCAUUCGAACUGCUCACCGGAUGCUCUCCGUUCACUGUCGACGGAGGAGCCAACUCGAGCAAAGACAUUGCCAAGUGAGUUCGGAUCGCUUUCCCAAUCAUUUAUUUUUAUUCAGGCGUAUUCUGACAAAGAAAGUGCCGUUCCCGAAGACGAUGGACGCGGACGCUCGUGAUUUCAUAGGAUUACUUUUGGAGAAGAAGCUAGAGAAACGUCUCGGAUUCAACGGAGUUGAUGAGAUUAAGAACCACGUUUUUAUGAGAGAAAUCGAUUGGGAUGCGGCCGAAAAGAGAACACUGAAGCCGGUGAUUGUGCCGAGAAUCGGACACGACCUGGACACGCAGUUCUUCUCCGCCGAAUUCACUUCGCAACCGCCCCUUUACUCGCCGGCCGAGUCGCCGUUGAACGCCAACACUCUUUUCAGAGUAGGCUGUGAUUGUUAGAGCUUUUCCGAAUGUUUUAUCUUUGCAGGGAUACUCGUAUGUCUCUCCCUCCGUCAUCUUCUCCAAUGACAAUGUUAUCGGAGAGGAACUUCUGGCCGAAGACGUCAAUGCUCUUCUCGCCAGUUCCUCCUUCUUUGCCAAGUACAAACUCGACAAAUCGGAUACCGGACUUCUGGGAAAAGGAGCGUUUUCGGUGGUUCGUCGUUGUGAACGAUCGGAAGACGGCGCCCAAUUCGCCGUGAAGAUCGUUUCGCAAAAGUUUGCGAACCAGGCGCAAAGAGAAGCGCGGAUUCUGGAGAUGGUGCAGGGACAUCCGAACAUUGUGCAGCUGGUCGACGUUCAUUCGGACCCCCUUCAUUUCUAUCUGGUCAUGGAGAUCCUGAGUGGAAAUGAAUUGCUCGAGAGGAUUCGAAAAUUGGAACGUUUCACAGAGGUAAAAGAGAUAAAAGGGAGAAAAAGAAAAAAAGAGGAAAUAAUUUUUCAGUGCGAGGCAGCGGAUAUCAUGCGACAAUUGGUGUCAGCUGUCAAAUAUCUUCACGAUAAACGCAUUGUUCAUCGUGAUCUGAAGCCAGAGGUAAAAGAUCUCAAGAUCUUUCAGUCCCAUCGCGCUGACGUUUCAGAACAUUCUCUUCGAAAGCGUCGACUCGGAUGCGCGGCUCCGUCUCGUCGACUUUGGUUUCGCACGCCUCCUUCCGAAUCCGAUGGAGCAACAACUGAAGUCUGUGCAAGUUCUGCGCAAGAUGUACGGUUCCAUCACCUCCUCAUCCGGUCUCCGCCGCUGCGAGUAACCCUAGUCUAGCCAAAAGUCAUUGUGUUUCGUUUCGUCGGCUCUCUUGAAUCGCUUUUUCGUUCGUUUCUCCGGGUACUUUUGGUAGAGAGGAAGACGGUGGUGUGUGAUGUUUCGUGCAUUCUUGCAUUCCUUUAUACAUAUCUUGCUGCUCCUAUUCCCCCCAUCUGUCUGUCAAUUUUGCACACACACAAAUUGUUUUCUUUUCUCAUUUUUUCCUUCAUUAACACGUCAAGAUUACUAACUCGCCUCUCAAAGUCAAAACGCACGUUUCCCGUUUCAGGACGCCGUGCUUUACUCUACAGUACGCUGCGCCAGAAGUGCUCGACGUCGGGGAUUCUCAGCCGGAAUACAAUGAGCAGUGCGAUCUAUGGUCUCUCGGCGUCGUCCUGGUCAGUUUUUCGGUCAAUUCCCAUUCUGCACUCGAAUCCGUUUUCAGUUCACAAUGCUCUCGGGUCAAGUUCCGUUCCACGCCCGUUCUCGUCAAGAGUCUGCCACUGAUAUUAUGCAACGAAUUUGCCGUGCCGAGUUUUCGUUCGAAGGAGAUGCCUGGACCAACGUGUCGCAAGACGCCAAGAACUUAAUCACUGGUAUUUGCAUUAGAGCGCACUUCCCUUCCAACCUUUAAAACAUUCUAGGACUUCUCACCGUCGACCCGAAGAAGCGUCUUUCGAUGCAAGAGCUCACCGUGCACAUGUGGCUCAAGUCGUCCGCCUCGAUGGACACUCCUCUUCAGACACCGAGCAUUCUUCCCUCUUCUGCAGGUACUCAUUCGUCCCCAUUUCUUUCAUUUCCAACUAAAUCCACCUGGUUCAGACGAGACCUUCAACGAGACCCUCCGCGCAUUCCUCAGCGCCAACCGUGACGGAUUCCAUCUUCUUGACGUGGCAGCAGCUCCGUUGAUGAAAAGACGCGGAAUCAAGAGGCAAUCCGGAGACAAAGACGGUUCCGGAAACUCGAAAAGGUAUGUGGAGCAUUGGAAGUUUCAAGAAUCCGUGAAAACUUUCAGCUCGCGGAUCACGACUUUCGAGUGUCUUCCGGAAGAGCAAGAGAUGGAGACGCCUUCCUCGACAAAUCGUCCGAACAACCUGGGAAUGAUGAACUACCGAGAGCCCAAUUCUGGAGCCAUCCGAGAGACUCGGGGCUCCGACUCUUCGUAA